UUCCCUUCUUCCCAUGUUAUCUAGUAGCCUCACUUGCUUGCGAGUUAGGAAAAUAGUAGUAGCCGUCAAUCUGAAACCUCCUACGUUCGUUCGUCUCCUGCGGCAGCCUGAAACCCCGCAACAGCUCGCUGUCAGGCCACAAUUCACCCCGCCAUCCUUAUCCUCAAAAAUACAACUGCUUCUAUCUCGCGCUUCGACGUCGCAUCACUAUUACUCCUCUUUGAGUAAUCGGACACAAAUUUUCUCCCCGCACUCUCCCCUCCAGCCAACUCUCCAGGUCGCAAACAUGGCUACCGCGGCAGCGCCCAUGACCUCCCUUCUCUCCCUACUAUAUCGUUCCUUUCCCCGUGCCGUCCCAUCCACCUCUAUCGACCUCGACCUGCAAAAGGUCUCGCCUAAGAUCUUCCCAUCCUGUGUGUACAGCGAUGCCGAACAAGUUGAAAUGGACCAAUGGCUAGUAAACAUCGCCUCAGCCACUGACAUACUGGCAAAGGCCGACUCUACUGCGCUAUCUGAGUUCCUAACAGCGCUCAACAAGCAUCUAGCUACCCGCACAACACUGCUGGGCACGAAACCGUCUGUCGCGGAUAUUUCGGUGUAUGCGGUCCUUGGCCCUGUAGUUGAAAAGUGGAGUGCGGAUGAGCGUACGGGGGAGAACGGAUAUCACCAUAUUGUGCGCUAUAUUGACUUCGUGCAAAAUGCGCCGCUCUUUGGGUUGAAAAUCCCUGCGGAGGAGAAGAUCGAGAUUGACGUGGAUGAUGUGAAGGUUGUACCGAAAGUGUUGCAGACGCCAAAGGAGGAGAAGGAGAAAAAGAAAGAGAAAAAGGCGACAGGACAGGGUGGUGCUGAGAAGAGCAUUGUCGUCGGCCGUGGAAAGAACAAUAGUAACAGCAAUAGUCAAUCAGAAAACGGAAAAGGAAAAGGAAAAGAGGCCGCUGAGCCGGCCGCAACAGGGGCCGUUGACCCCCCGCGCGAAAAGAAAGAGAAGAAACAAAAACAGCCCAAGCAGCAAAAACAGCCUGCCGCCCCCGUCGCCCCGCUCUCCCCGUCCCUCAUCGACCUUCGCGUUGGCCACAUCCUCCGCGCCGUCAAUCACCCUAACGCUGACUCCCUCUACGUCUCCACAAUCAACUGCGGUGACGCCCCAGGCACAGAGAACACAUCCGUCGACGAAGAAACGGGCCUGACAGUCCGGACCGUCUGCUCUGGCCUCAACGGCCUAAUCCCACUAGAAGAGAUGCAAAACCGCAAGAUCGUCGCUGUCUGCAACCUGAAGCCCGUCACGAUGCGCGGCAUAAAAUCCGCCGCCAUGGUCCUAGCGGCGUCUCCCAAGAGCGACGACGCGCAUGCCGGGCCCGUCGAACUGGUCAACCCCCCCGUUGAUGCCCAGGCUGGCGAGCGCGUCUUCUUUGAAGGGUGGAGUACCGGGGAGCCUGAGAAGGUGCUUAAUCCUAAGAAGAAGAUCUGGGAGACGUUCCAACCUGGAUUUACGACCACGGACGCGUUGGAGGUGGCGUUUGAUAGCUCGCAGGUGCCGCAGCUGGCGGAGAAGGAGGGAGAGGCGAGUUCUACUCCGGUUACGGUCGCUACGAUUGGGAAAUUGGUUACGAAGUCCGGGGGGCUGUGUACGGUCAAGAGUUUGAAGGGGGCCACUGUGAGAUAAUGAGACGGUAUAGUCAGGUUGGUGAUGUGUUUGCUUGCCAUAUUAGUUAGGUUGAUAGUCUGUCUGCCCUUGCCUCUGUUGCAGUUUCAACUGGAUGGAGUAUUGACGUUGAUAUGACGGCAGAUAUGGGACAAGAAACGACGAGAGACUUCUCUUAUAGCAAAAAGGCUUUGAGAGAAGCAUAGACAUUGUGAUGAGAAAUUUUUGAAAAUGAAAUGAAAUGAAAUUUAAAAAUACGAAAUAAAUA